GACCCUCAAACGUUGACAUCGACAAGAUUAAGGAAACAAAUGGCAACAAUGUCACAAGUUCUAAACUUGAAAGAGAAUGAGGAGGACUGCCUUGCAGGUUUCAUGGGUCACAACAUCAGGGUCCAUCGACAAUAUUAUCGGCUCCCUGAAGGGACAUUACAAGUUGCGAAAGUUGCAAAGUUGCUUAUGGCCUGUGGAAGAGGAGAGCUAUCAAAAUUUAAAGGCCUGACAUUGGACGAGAUCAACGUUGAUCCAAAUGAGGAAGUACCUGAAGACAGCUCUCUAUCUGGAAGUGAAGAUGAAGAUGUGAUGUCGAGUCUAUCCUCUAACUCAUCAGGUCUAAGACCAGUGAAAAUGACUAGACCCGUUCACAGGACACCUACAGAGGAGGACCAGGAGUCUGAUGCUUCAUCACAGCUAACCAGAGGUAGAUCAAGGAACUGGACAGAGGAGGACCAUGACUCUGAUACCUCAUCACAGCCAUUGAAUCACUGUUUUCAAGAUGAGUCAAGACCUGUGAAGAAGAUGAAACCCACCAAGAGGACACCUAGAGAGGAGGACCCUGAGUCUGGUACCUCAUCACAGCCAAGAAAAGACGAGUCAAGACGUGUGAAGAAGAUGAAACCCACCAAGAGGACAUCUAGAGAGGAGGACCCUGAGUCUGAUACCUCAUCACAGCCAAGAAAAGAUUCAUCAAGAAAGAAGAGGAAGAUGUGGAGCAAAGCAGAAGUCCACGCUGUGGAACAAAAGCUAAUGCACAACAUUAAGACUGGCAAGGUUCCUGGGAAAGCACAGUGUCUUGAAUGUAUCCAUGCAUUCCCAGAUGCACUGAAAGGUAGGACCUGGGAUGCUGUGAAAUACUAUGUGAAAAACCGCAUAGACACCUGGAAGCGGCGGUCUACGAGGUAACUGCAAGCUCUUGUUUUGUGUUUGAAAGAGCAACUGUUAAUGCAGCUCUCACCAUUUGAUCUGUUGAUUAGCUGAACCUCAGAGGUCAGCUUUUGAAGUUCUGCUGUUAGAGAGCAGUGAUCUGCUCAGAUUGCACUUUAUUUUAUGCAAUUUAUUUCAUACAUAACAGAAAUUUUUUUGUACUGUUAUGCUUCUUCAAUUCAUGGAUUAGCAAAUGUUUUAAAAAGUUUGUUUAACCCUCACAUAUUGCUCAUAUUCUGAGUCAUAAUUACUCUACACCAGGGCUUCUCAAUUCCAGUCCUCGCACCCCCCUGCCCUGCAUGUUUUAGAUGUGUCCCUCCUUCACCACACCAGAUUUAAAUGAUCAGCUCGGCAUCAAGCUCUGCAGAGGCCUGAUAACGAGACACUCAUUUGAAUCAGGUGUGGUGGAGGAGGGACACAUCUAAAACAUGCAGGGCAGGGGGGUGUGAGGACUGGAAUUGAAUUCAUUCAAAUAUUGAAAAUAUUUUACAUUAAUGGGUUCCAAUUGUAGCAGUUACUGAUCUUUACAUUAAUUAUUAACAUUUCUGUAUAUCAGUAAUGUUGCCUGCUGUUAAAAAUAAAUGACAGACUUUUCAUUCAA